AUGGGAGACAGAGUUUACCCAACUUGGACGAGAUACACAAACCCACCCACUAAUGAAGAGAAACCUGACCUAAACCUACGAUCACAAUCUGAUCGUCCCAUGCUCGAGAAACCCCCACCACCACUACCAGGAACCCCACCACUCCUACCACCAGGAACCUUCAACGUUCAAUUACCUAAAGAUCAAAUCUUCAGAGUCCCACCACCUGACGCCACUGCUCGCUACGAAAACUACAACAAUCUCAGGAAACCUCGCCGCUGCGGUGGUCGUUGUUGUCGUUGCUUAUGCUGCUGCUUCGGCUUCAUCUUCAUUCUUGCAAUCCUCCUCGGCAUUGCCGCUCUUGUCUUCUACUUAGUCGUCCAGCCCAAAAUCCCAACCUAUUCUGUCGAUAAUCUCUCAGCCAAAGGCAUAAAUUUGAACGGAAUUGGGACAAAUAACUUAACUUUGUCUUCCGAAUUCGAUAUCACACUCUCAGCUAAUAACAGUAACACGAAGAUCGGAAUCUAUUAUGAUUCAGGAAGCUCUGUUAAUAUUUCUACUUCAAGUUUGCAACAACUCGCCAAUGGAUCUCUUCCUGUGUUUUAUCAACCAACACAGAACGUUACGGUUUUCGAUGUCCAAACUACAGGGACUGUUCCUUAUACGAAUGCUUUGAAUAUUACUUUGAGUUCAGGGAAUAUACCUUUGGUUUUGAAUAUUACUGUUCCUGCGAAGUUGAAGAUUGGUGCUGUGACUAGUUGGGAAUUUAAGGUUAAGGUGAAUUGCAAUGUUGUGAUUAGUAGUACUGUAAAUGCGAAUGUUGUAUCGAAGAGCUGUAGUGGUAAUCUGCAACCAUGGUAG